UUUGAGCUUGCACUCAUCCCCAGUGAAACGGAAAUCCAGAUUGUUGCCAGUUUGUUGCAUAUUUCAGCAGAUCUCCUUCAAAGAGCCAUUACCCAUCGAGUUACUGAAACAUGUUAUGACCGGAUAUUCACUCCAUUGUCAGUAGAAAGUGCUAUAGAUGCCAGGGAUGCAAUUGCCAAAGUUUUGUAUUCUCUGCUCUUUGAUUGGCUGCUGAUGAAAAUCAAUGAGUGGCUGGCCCAACCGGAAACAGACAGCAUUGUUGGCAUUGUUGACAUAUAUGGCUUUGAGGAUCUCAGGGUGAACAGCCUGGAACAGCUGUGCAUUAACUUUGCCAAUGAACAUCUCCAGCACUUCUUCAGUCGGAUUGUCAUCACCCAAGAGAAGCUCUCUAGAGAGUCCUGCCUGGAUUUGUUAGCUGCAAAUCCCUAUGGAAUCUUGCGCAUCCUGGACGAUCAGACUUCACUAUCGCAGGCCACAGACCACACCUUCCUACAGAAGUGCCAUUACCAUCAUGCCAACAGUCCUUGGUAUGUCAAACCGAAGCUGCAUUUGCCUGUUUUCACAAUCCAACACUAUGCAGGACCAGUUACCUACCAGGUCCAUAAAUUUCUGAAUAAAAAUCAUGAUCAGUUACACCCAGAAGUCCUGGACAUUUUUUCCCACAGCCACCUCAAGCUGGUGUCCAGCCUUUUCCAGAGAGUGAAGGAACAGCAGACCAACCAGAGGGAGUCAGGAAGUGGAACUAGAGUUCAAGGGCUGAAACAUCAAGUGUCUACAUUAGUGUCUGGAUUCCAGCAAUCCUUGCAAGAUCUCACAGCUAAACUAGACAGGAGCCACAUUUUUUUUGUACGGUGCAUCAAACCUAAUUCCAAAAAGGUGCCAAACAUCUUUGAUAUUGAAUAUGUGGCGCCUCAGCUAAGGCAUUCUGGGAUUUUGGAGGUCAUAUGCAUCAGGAAGGAAGGCUAUCCUAUCCGCAUCCCGUUCCACGAUUUCCUAAUCAGGUAUGGAGCCCUGGCUGGCCGAGGGCAGAGCUGCUUGCAGGAGAGAGAUGGCUGUGCUGCCGUGCUUUCACAGGUAGUGGGAGACCUCUCGGAGCUCUAUCAGAUUGGCAUCACCAAGGUGUUCUUGAAGGAAAAAGCAAGGCAGAUGCUGGAGAGGAGAUGGAACCAAAAGCUGAGCUGGGCCAUUGUUACCCUGCAGUGCAAUCUCCGAGGCCUCGUCAACCGUCGGCGGUUCCAGGUCUUCAAGCAGAAGGUUGUGGUCAUCCAGGCUCAUUUCCGGGGUUACCUGGCAAGGAAACGCUACCGAAGAUUGAAGAAGACCCUGAUGCAGUUUGGAGUGGCCAUGCUGGUCUCUAGGCCACUGACUCAUGGAGGGAGGCAGUACAAGAGACAGAGAAACGAGUCACUGGUCAAAGGUGCUGAGGAGAACAGGAGGUGCUUGGAAAUGGAUGUUCGACGACUGGAAAUCCCUGCUGAGCUUGCAGCCCUCCUCCACUUGGCUGAAGGUCACCACCAUGCCCAGACUAAUCAGGUCACCGAAGCUUCCCCUCCAGAAGUUAAAGCAAAGGCUGAUCUUUCUCUGCCACCCGACAUCAACAGCUUUCCGUUUUCUACCUUCAUGAGGUCUCAUUUCCAGGAAGUGAGUUUCCCUGCCCUUGGGCAGCCCCUACAACAGCCUUUGACCCGACUGGAUGGUGAGCAGAGGCAAAGUGCUCUGCAGCUCAACAAAUUGAUCCUGCGAUUCAUUAAUGACAAGGACCUGCAGGGCUGGCAAGAAGAGCUUUUGGGGAACUAUAUAGCAAGCCGAGGGCUGGCCAGCCUCUCCCUGCGCAAUGAGCUGUUGAGCCAGGUAGCCAGUCAAGUGUGGAAGAACCCAGACCUGGAACAGUGUCAACGAGGUUGGGUGCUGAUGGCUGCCCUCCUGGGCACCUUUGCCCCUUCUCCAGCUCUGGAGAAGCCACUGCUGAAGUUUGUGUCUGACCAUGGCCUGGAAGGAUAUAACGGUGUGUGCCAGCAGAAACUCCUGACGUCAAUGAACCUGAUGGGAAAUGAUCCAGGAGUGUCCCGUAGUUUUCCUCCCACCCGUUUAGAGUGGACCACCAAUCAGAGGAAAGGCAAGAUGGUGCUAGAUGUCUACACUUAUAAAGAGGAGAGACUUUCAGCUGAAGUGGAGUCCUGGACAACAGGAGAGCAAUUUGCAGGCUGGAUCCUGAGUUCAAGGGGUCUGGCUACAGUCCCUCGUGGCUGGUCUGUGUCCAUGUUCACAGGCAAGGUGUGGCAGGAUUUACUAGGCUGUGAUUUUGUGCUGGAUCUAAUUGGAGAAAUAGAGGAAGGCAGUUGGCCCUCUGAAUCCUCCCCUGACUAUCCUAUAACUCCAGAGUGGGAUGACAGCUGUUCUCAAGAGACCUCUGCAGAUAGGAGGCUCUUGAACAUCCCUCCUGCUCCAGGCAUUCAGGCACCCUCCUUCCCCCCACCCUCUCUACCUUCAAACUUUGACAAUAUCUCCCAUCCAGAGUCAGGCCUGAGAAAUAGUCCAAGGUCCACUGGAGGGCUGGAUCACUUUGUGGAUGGUCUCUUCGUGCCACUGCUGCGUCAUGGGGCCAUGAAUCAGAUAUCAGAUAUGGAGAGUGAGGGAAGUCUGACUGGACGCAUGAAAGGAGGUGGGAAAAUUGGGCCUACUCACCAAGGGGCCUUUCCAGGUUACUCAGGAAUGAUGAACAUGCCAUCUUACCAACCUAUGCCAUUCAUGGGCGGAAUGAUGCCAGCAGUCAUGCCAAUGACGCCAGGUCUAGGUGGAAUGGGGACAAUGCCAGCUAUGGUUAUGCCCCAGCCUCAGCCCAUCAUGCCAGCAGUGGAUCCCAUCCAGGUGGCAGCACAGCAGCAAGCCUUCGUCAACCAGCAGGCCUUGCUCAUAGCUCAGCAGAUGACCCUUCAAGCCAUGACAAUUUCCCAGCAGCAGCAAAGAGAGCAACAACGCCUGCAAAGGGAGAAGUCUCCAGAGUCUUCAUGGCCAAGGAGAACAUCAUCACGUAGGAGGUCGCCUGAACCACCAAGGCAGGAAUCACCACAGAGGAGGUCACCUGAAUUUUCAAGGCCAAGGCAAGCAUCACAACAUGAACAGUCCCUUGAAUCUUCAAGGCCAAGGCGGGAAUCACCACACAGGAGGUUACCUGAAUCCUCAAGACCAAGAAAACCUUCUCCUCCUCCAUCUCAGUCAGCUUCAGCUCCUAAAUCCAAGAGCCUCAACAGUACCAACAAAGAUGCAUCCAUGCCUGACCUAUCGGAAUCUCCACCUCAGCCACCACCACCGAUCCACAUCUUUCAAGAAAUGCAGCACUCAGACAUCAGAGAAGACCCCAUCUCUUGCGAGACUUUCCAGAAGAAAAUCGAGUUCUUCCAGAAAAUGGGGCAGCAAACAAACCAUAUGAAGAAAGUAAUUCCUCCUUCAAAGAGCUGGAAUCCUCCAAGUAAACCACAGUCAGGGGACCGAGAGAGGUCUCAAAAGAGUACCCCAGAACCAAAUUCAGGCUUCACACCUUCUACACAGACAGAAAACGACCAAGAAAUGAAAGCUCAGAAGGACCUGCUCUCUAAUGUGAGGACACAAAAAUCUGAACCAAGCCAGGAGAUACGGAGCAUCAUUGAAACACACAAGACUCGGCCGGUCCCACUACCAAAACCCAUCAAGCCACUUAGCAAUGUCUCUAAACCAUUUGUGAAGAAGAAUGACCCAAAGGAGGAAGCUCUGGCAAAACUGGGGAUUGUGGGAUUGUGUCCUUCACCGCUGUCCUCUGCAUCAUCAGAGAGGAGCCCCCAAGUAUCUCCUCCUCCACUACCACCACCUGUUAAGCUAUCCAGCUCCAUCAAAGAAAAGCAGCUGCCCCUCAUGAACCUCUUUGCUCGGCCACCCCCCACAUCUCCUCCCACCUCCAUGCUUUCUCCUCCCCCCCCUGUGACACCCCCACCUCCCCUUCCUUCAGGCUAUGCCGCAGAAGAAACUGGUGUGACAGGCUCAGCUCAGUCAAAAGUGCAAGAAGAUACCGGCAUCAGAACCCAGCUCUUAGGACUCUCUGCUAGUGUCAGCUUCUCCUAUGCCAACCCUACUUGGAAACUCUUCUUGCGCAAAGAGGUUUUUUAUCCCAAGGAAAACUUCAGUCACCCUUACUGCUUGAAUCUGUUAUGUGACCAGAUCAUGACAGACACUUAUUCGGAAUCGUGCAUUCGGAUCUCUAAAGAGGAAAAGCGCAAGAUGAAAGAUCUGUUGAUGGAGUUCCAGGUGGGCAUGGAUGCCAGCUCCAUUCCAGAUGAAGGAGUAAAGAAGAGGAUUGUGGUGGCUGCUCGUGAUAACUGGGCCAACUAUUUCUCUCGCCAUUUCCCAGUUAAGGGAGAAAACGGGAGUGAUGUCCAGAUUCUGGGUGUUUCUCACCGGGGGCUGCAGCUGUUGAAGAGAGCAAAAGCCGCCAGCUUCAGUACUGAGCAGCUGAAAACCCUUUGCAGCUACAGUUACGCAGAUGUGCUGUCCUUGGAGCUGAUGGGCCGGAGUAGCCUUCAGUUCUGUCUGAAAGAUGAGCAGCUCUUCCUUCACUCCCAAAAGGCCCAGCAAAUUAAGGCCAUGGUGGAACUCUUCCUGCAUGAACUGAAACAGGACUCCAGCUAUGUCAUUGCUGUGCGUAGCUAUUUAACAGAUGACAAGAGCAUCUUAAACUUCAAGAAAGGCGACUUCAUCCAGCUACUGCCCAUGGAGGGACUGGAGCCAGGCUGGCAGUUUGGCUCCGUUGGAGGUCGCUCUGGCCUUUUCCCCUCUGGCAUGGUGCAGUCUGUAGCAGCUCCCAAUUACCUCAGUCUCCAGUCUACAAAGCAGCGGGAAGCAGUCAGGAAGAGCCUAAGGAAAAACACGCAGGAGAGAAUUGUUAGCAAGGAGGACUCUGCUCCCAGUCUGGAGUUAGAAUUAAUUUAUGCAACUCCCAGCACUCCUGACACUUGCCACUACACUAUGGCGGAGUUUGCCACAGCACACUUCCGAGAAGCCCAGUCCACGCUAGGAUGGAAUGGGAUGAAUGCUGAACAGAAGAACCCAGCUCUCUUGGUUCAGCAUACUAAGGUACCAAUCAAGGAAUCUCUCCUGCUCUACUGCAAUGGUGAAACGAAUGGCCUGGCUACAAAAAGCUUCAUGACUCUGAUGAGAUUAAUGGGAGACCAGCCUGGCCUCAAGAACCAACAUGAGGUUGAUUAUAUCUAUGAAAUCCUCCAGCUAUGCAAAGAGAAGGAGAAUCUGUGGGACGAGGUUUAUUGCCAGGUCAUAAAGCAGAUCACCCAGAACCCCAAUCUAGACAGCUGCCGCUGGGGCUGGCAGCUUCUGAGCCUCUUGACUGGCUACUUCCUCCCAUCCAGCACCCUGAUGCCAUAUGCCACCAAGUAUUUACAGCAGGCCAACUCUGAUGACACCAGUCCCAAUGCAGAAAUAGCCAGGACCUGCCAGAGCAAUCUGAGGAAAAUGGUCAUGUAUGGAGGUCGUCGACACUUGCCUUUCCGUGUGGAGAUGGAAGCAUUUCUGAUGGGACAUGGCUCACGUCGGAUAUCAAUCAAGCUUCCUGGAGGUCUGAGAUAUAACACGAAAAUUAAGACAUUCACGGUUGCAGCAGAUGUGAUGAAAGAAAUCACCGAACAGAUGGGGGUCAUUGAGCCAGAGGAGAUUCAGGAAUUUGCCAUCCUUGCCAACAAAGAUCGUGGCAAGGUGAUACGACCCUUGCGCCAGAAGGAGUACAUCCAUGAUUAUUUGCUUGAGGAAAGUUCGAUAGAGCUGGAUUUCUGCAGGAUCAAGUGGAACACACCCUUGCACUUUGAGAAUGCAAUUUACGUUAAUAUUCACUACAACCAGGUGCUGCAGAAUUAUAUGAAAGGGAAACUGUUAUUGCCCUACACCAGUGAACUGGUGCAGCAGGUGUGUACCUUGGCUCUGCUCCAGCACUGGGCCAAAGGAGCUGGAUUGAUCCCUUCCAUACAGGAAUUAGGAAAUUACAUCCCUGAUCCUGUAACACAUCUCAUCAAUCCAGAAAUUAUUCUGACCUUUAUCACCAAUCAGCUGGAAAUGAUGAAACAACUUGAGCAACAGGAGGCAAAAAUCAGUUUCAUUGAGCACAUGAUCCAGCUGCCACUGUUUGGCUACAAUGUUUACUCUGUGGAAAGGAUCAGCGUACUUGGGAUCUCUGUCCCUUGCUUUGUAGGAGUGAAUCAGGAACAGAUCAUUAUUGUGAACAGGGAGUCCCAGAACAGUCCCAUCCUCAUUUUGCUGGCAGAGAUGCAGAUGAUGCGGACUUUGUGUCCUCUGGAUGAAUCUGGCCUUCCUGGCCUGGAAAUUAACUAUGGCUCAGCAGAAGAUCCCAAAACUAUUUGGUUUGAAUUGAAGCAGGCUAAAGCGUUGUAUCAUACAAUCGCUGUCAUCCUAGAAGAAACAGAGUCCCAGGUGUAGCGACAGCCAAUGGAAGAAAUGCCUUUUUUCCACUUCAGAGACUUCUGACAAACUUGGUUCCUCACAACCAUCUGUAGCAAGCUUUGUUACCUUUGUUCUUGCUCUGUCUUAUACCACAUCCCUGAACCUGGGCUACCAAUGCCACUGGAGCAGAUCUUUCCUCCAAGCCUUAGACAGAUACUUUUCAAUUAAGACUGUUAAGCCCCUUUUGCUCUCUAGUAGUCCAAGACACAGAUCUAGCCACGGUUCAAGGAAGACGCACACACCUAUCGAAUGCUUUUACAGUGCCUUAUUUUGCUGGAACCAGCUCCAUGUUCACCAAACCGUUGUCAAUUCUCACUAUUGCUAGCACUGACAAAGCAUAGGGCCCAUACUCUAUCUCCAUGUGCAGGUGGUAUUUUAUAGGUCUGGCAUCCUGCCUUUUUUGUCCUCAAGCUCAAGAGCUGCUGUGAUAUAAGUGAGUCUCUUUGCUGUUUGUUAAAUGGUGUUCAUGUCUAUACAUAAUCCCACAUAAUCCCACCCACCCGUAAAAAAAGCCUACAUGCUGAUUAAGAGGGCAACCUUUGUGGAGAUAAUUCACAUGUGGCUCUGAAUAGUAGCGAAACUAAUAUAUGUUCCUCCCUACCCUCUCCAGUCAACACCUGAAAUAUUAUUCUGUGUGAUGGUCUUUGGAAUGCCCUACUGAGAGAAACCUACCUAGCCCCAUCCUAUUUACUUUUCCAUUGUUUGGUAAAAAUAUGGCUCUCCAGGUUGGCCUUGAGGGGUGGCUGAUUGUUGAUUUUUGUUGCUGUCAUUGUGAUGGAUUGUUUACAGUUUGAGAUUGGUUUACUUUAUUAGCUGCUUUGAUGUGUAAGAAAGGGGAAUUUAUAUUCUAUUCAGAGUUAAGCACUUGUAGACCCAUUAUUUUAAUGGGCUAAAGUGCACCUUCCUCUGCCCCAGCCUGUGUGUGAUCUCUCGCCCUAAAACCCUAAAAAUAAUGAGAGCACGCAGUGUAAUCUUUUAAACAUUUUAUUAGCAGCUUGCCAUGAACCUCUUUAAGUAACAAAGCCUAGUUCCCAAAUAUAAGCUAUUAAGAAGAUCCCUCUGCUAGUUUCUCCUUUGUCUAUGAGCUCUCACUAAUGGGAAAGUUCAAUGGCUUCUCUAAGGAGAGUGAUAAGGCACAGAUCAACAAAAUACAAUUGUAAAACUCACCACGCCAAGCAGGCAGUCUACAGUCUAUGUCCCUUCCAAAUACAUAUAAAUUAAGCAGCGCCUUUUCUACAACCCUUGGACAAUUUUGUUACAAUGUUGAUUGGCCACAAUGACAUUAGAGGCACAGUGCAACGGUAUGUGCAGUGAAUACUAAAGAGGUUUUUUUAACUCUUCCAAAUAAUACACAGGCAUUUCAGAAUUUGGGUGAGCAAGAACUGGUGUUAAGAGGGGCAAAUUAAGGCCCUGCACCGGGGUGAACAUGUGGAAAAAGGCAUCUUACACUUGUCUGAAAGCAAGUCACUUGCUCCAAAAGCAGAAGGUACUUGGCAGCCAGUUUCUUUCAAGCUAAGGCCCCAAGGAAAAACACAACAGCACCUCCUGUGAGUUUAUUUAUAUGCAGCAAUUUCACCAUUAAUUACUGUUGGGAUUUACAAGCACAGAGGUUCACCCUCAUGGCAAGGACUCAUCUUUGCCUCAAUCAGCUGUAAUAUUUGGAAGGGUGAUUCUUUAACCUCUUAACGGCCAAUACAAAGUGGCUAAUACUAAGGGCUUCUUCUCCGGUUGUAUGUUUAAAGUGCACCUCCUGUAAAAUGAUUUGCAUAUACACCUUAAAACUUAAGUCUGUACAUAAAACAACGCCAAGGGUCCAGGUAUUAGCCAUAGCUCCUUACAAUACAUCAAACAUGUUUUUCAUCACAUAACCUGUGAAGCAACCCUAUAUGAACCUUUUGGAAUUGCAUGUCAUUAAUAACGUAUAAGGGUAGCAGAAGUUUUAGACUUACCCUAUAUACACAAAGAAAUGUAGUAAUGCAAUAUUAUUGUACAAUGUGUUACAUUGCAAUUGGAAACUUUCCUGAAAAUAUAUAUAUGGCCUUCCCAUCAAAGUGUUUGUGCUUCUUUCCAGCUCUUAUAAUUUAGAUACAACUCUUUACUGCACAAG